UUUGUUUACAAAUGACUAUAUUCGCGCGUUCAAACUUGUUUAUUGUUGUUUACGGAUAUAGCUCAUUUUGCAACAUAUCUCAUUUUUCAAUUAUUAAAGUUCAGUGAUGAUUGUUUUAUCUUUACGUAGCAUUGAUAAGAGUAACAUAUACCAAUCCCCUAAAAUCAGAUAAUUAAUCUUUAAAUCAUGAGAUUUAAAGAUGUAAGUAAUUUAUCUUUCAGAAAUGGGAAUAUUUAGAUUGUACCAAGAUGUGAUAAACUAAUCGUUUUAAAUGAUAAAAUAACAAGACGCAAAUUCAUGACAUAUUUCUUAUAAUUAGAAUACAAUAAUUCAUUCUUUUAUUUCAAUUAUUAAUUGUUUUAAAUGAAAUUCCUUUUUUGUAUAGUAACUAGUACAGCUAAGUAAAAAUCGAACUUAGUUUCUUAGAACUUAAAACUGAAUUCAUAUUUAUAAAUAACAAAUAAUCUUCAACAUAUUUCUUUAAAGAUAUUUAAUUUUGUAUUAUCGAUCGUAAUGGAUGGUUCAGUACAUAUCUUAUCUACGACAAGUAACUCAUCUGUUUUGAGCAGAGGGAUAUCUAAAUCCCAGUCCCUUUCUAAUCUUGAAAUGAUAUUCAAGACACCUUUGGAGGAUUUAUAUGAUGAUCGUCGUAAUUCAGAGUCAGGCACUGUGAAUAUGGAUACUACACUAUCGUCCAACGCUUCUGUUGUAGACGUUCUUGUUGGGCCUUACAAAACCCUGGAAGAAGCACAGGUUGCUGCAAGUUUACUUAAGCAAAAAACUGUACAUUCUAGUGUAUCUGUCACUAUAAAUUCACAUCAAAAUAACAAUGGUAAACCAAAUAUAUCUACAGCUUCAAAUCUGCAUGCAUUUUUUGAUAAUGAAUCAAAAGAUUUUACAUGGACCAAGCCAUUAACCUGUCUGCCAACAAAAGGGAAUGAAAAUCUUCAAGUAUGCUCUCUUGUAAAUGCAGAUUCAUUUAAAAUUCAAACUAAUUCUGAUACAUCUGCAACUUUAAACUCACAGGUAUGUUCAGCUCAUAAUUCAGAAGCUUUAUCAAAACCACAAUCAUUUCAGCCAAUUAAUACAGAAGAUACUAACUUUGCAGCUAUAGAUGUUGAGAAUUAUCAGGAAGGUCCUGUUUCAAGUCCAAAAGAAAGUCAAACAGAAAGUGACAGUUCUACUAAAAAGAAAUCUCCAAAAACAAAGAAAGAAAUUCCUUCCAUAAUAAAAGUUGCCACACUUGUCUUUUUUGAUUUAGAAACAACAGGAUUAGCAUUUGAGAUUGGAAAAUCAAAUGUACAGAUAACAGAAAUAUCAAUGAUAGCUAUCGAUAGGAAAGAAUUUGAGCAAAGCACUUUUGAAGACCUUAGAGAUAUUAGAAUUAUUCGAAAAUUGUGUCUUUGUACCAAACCUCGCUCAAUGGUUUCUUCUAGUGCAGCUGCAAUUACUGGUUUAAAUAAUAAAAAUCUCAUGGAUCAGACUCCUUUUGAACGUAAUGCAGCUGAAGCAAUCAACUUUUUUCUUUCUCAUCUUCCUAAGCCAGUGUGUCUUUUAGCUCACAAUGGAAAUCGUUAUGACUUCCCCCUUUUAAAAGCAGAGUUUUCCAGAUUAUCUAUGUUUUUACCGCCCGACAUACUUAUUGCUGAUACAUUAAAAGCCUUUAGAAUUCUUGGAAUUCCUGUAUUCCCACCUGAAAAAAAGAUUUGUGACUCAGUUAAGUUCACAAAAAGAGGCCAAGUUUCUUAUUCCCUUUCAAACUUGCAUCUAUAUUUCUUCAACAAAAACCCAGUUGGGAGUCAUAGUUCUGAAGGAGAUUGCAUCACAUUGGCAAAAGUAUGUCAUCGGAUGAAAGAUUUGAUAUUAUUAUGGAUUGAUGAAAAUUGUACAACUUUCGAUUCUGUUUCACCAUUAUGGUAAUGUGAUAGAACUGCUGUUUUAUGGAAAUUAUUCUGUUAUAGCAAUUUUGUAAAAUUUUUAUAUAUUAACUGUUAAACUGCUACAUAGUAUUGUAUAAGAAAUUGUGAUUUAAAUUAAUGCAGCUAUUUAUAUCAAACUCAUGUGAAAAUUGAAUAUGAGAUUAAUAUCUGUUAGUAAUAUAUAGAAAAAAAUAUUUAUUUUGUUAUGCAUAUUACUUACUUUAUUAAAUAUUUUCUAUUCUCUAGCUUUUAUCAAAGUGGAAGUAUUGAAUGUAUAUGAAUUUUACAUUUUCCACAUGAAACUUCAAAUGAUUUCCUCCCUCUAAUAUAUCACAUGCAAUUACAUCAGGAUUUGCCAAAAGAUAAAUUUGCUUUUUGGUUGUGAGUAGCAUUAUUAAUUUUGUGUUAUAUAUAUAUUUUUAAGAGUGCAUUACUCAAAUUUUUUUUAUUGAUAAUUAUACUUAUAUCAAGUGAAUAGAUUUGUGUGGAAUGUCUUGCAUGUAAACAUUCAUGCAGUUCAAAUAGUUUUUUGUGAUUUUUUUUUGUAUGAUAUCAUCGAUUUUCCUGAAUGCAAUAAAAGACUGAAAAAAUAGAAUUCUUUUAAAAUUUUUCAGGUAAUGUGAAUAAAUUAUGAAAUAUGAUUAGUUUAUAAUGUGGAAAAAUUAUCCAAAGAAGAUAUAUUUAUGAUAUACUAUCUAAAACUAAAUUGGAUAUAAAAAAUGUGAUAUGUAU